UAUCGACUUUAUCUACUUCCUUCGACUAAAAUUUUAAGUAAACAAAAACCUUAUCCUUUCUCUCUCUCUCUCUUCUACCAUUGCUAUUACUUCAUACUAUUCUAUGAGUCUCUGAUUUGAUUUGAUGAUCCGACCAAGAAGUUGUUGAGACAGAAACUUAGAAGUGAAGAUCUUCAAACCGUGAACCCGACCAAACCGGUAAGAAAGUCCUGAUCUGGUGAUCUGAAGAUACGGUGAUGGCAGGAGGAGGAACAACGUUCUCAAUAGAAAGCGAUCUACCGGCGACGGAGAAUACCUCCUCCUCCUCCUAUUCCGGUGAUACGCUAAACGAUGAGGGAAGCGGUUUGAGCCGUGUAGGAAGCGGAGUAUGGUCAGGACGGACGGUGGAUUACUCGUCGGAAAGUUCAUCAUCGAUCGGAACUCCGGGAGAUAGUGAAGAAGACGAAGAUAGCGAAGAAGACAAUGAUGAAGAGCUAGGGUUAGCUUCACUGAGCUCUCUGGAAGAUUCUCUCCCAAGCAAAAGAGGUUUAUCGAGUCAUUACAAAGGGAAAUCAAAGUCGUUUGGGAACUUAGGAGAGAUAGGGAGUGUGAAAGAAGUGCCGAAGCAAGAGAAUCCACUGAAUAAGAAAAGAAGGUUACAGAUCUACAACAAGUUGGCAAGAAAGUCGUUCUACUCAUGGCAGAACCCUAAGUCUAUGCCUCUUUUGCCUGUCCAUGAAGAUGAUAAUGACGACGGUGUGGAAGAGGGAGACGAUGGAGAUCUGAGCGAUGAAGAGCGAGGAGGAGGUGUUGUUGCAAGGAGACCAUCGUUCAAGAACAGAGCAUUGAAGUCUAUGAGUUGUUUUGCUCUUUCAGAUCUGCAGGAAGAAGAAGAAGAAGAUGAAGAUGAUGAGUGAUCAAUAAUGCAUUCAUGAUUUUUUUUUCUUUGUUCAUAGUUUAUUAUAACUUUUAUUUGGUGGAGCGAAUUAAUGUUAUCUUUUUUAUUAAUUCGGGAAAUUAAUUAUAAAUUAUGUCGACUGGAGGAAAUUAACUAGUGUUUGUUCCUUUC